AUGUGUCGGCUCUAUCACGUUAACUGUAGCUGCUUUCAACAUAGAAGCGGUGAUCCUCUCGCAGUACUAGGUUUUCCGAGAACAGUCGCAACCAUUCUCGUCAACUGCGAGGACAAUUCUCAAAGUCACUUUGGUUACAACCACUCAGUGGCUAAUCCACCAUGUCUAUCCCAGCCAGCAACGACUCUAGUCCAGGACGGCUUCUGCUCCCAUUGUCUCUCUUCUCGAACAUGGACGGGAGUAGGUCCUCGACCAGAUGCAGAGAUGGUUGGAAUUGGAGAGCAGAUCGCUACCCAUGCCGAAGAGUUCUCGACAAUCUUCGGAAGAUAUUUGCGAAGUUUCGAAUCCGGUAUACCUGAGAUCAACGCUUUCCGAUUGUUCGACCGUCGAGUUCGAGAAACCUUCGAUUACGUGUUCUUGGCUAUCGCAAAUCUCGCUUUUGAGAUUUAUCUCAGAGAAUCGGAUGCACGAGCACAAGGCGCGCGAUAUGUGUAUCCAAAUAAGAAUGCGAUUAUUAAUCUGUGGAAGCACCUGGGAGUUGUUCGACGGUACAAUAUGGUCGCGGAGGCUAACGCUCCAGUUCGAGAAGUGUCACCACCUCUUCCACAACUUCUCGAGCAUGCCGAGCUUUCCGAUCUGACCGAGGAGGACUGUUGUAUCCGCGGCAAUCCCAUGGGUAGACGUCGAGAACGACAAGAAGACCAAAGAGCAGAGUAUCCGUGCAAGACACCUUGUGGUCAUGUAUUUGGAUACAAUUGCAUCUACAACUGGAUCAUCGGACACCAGAAUCACAACUGUCCCAUGUGUCGAGCGACAUUUUCUCCAUCGACGUAUCAAUUUCCAGACCAAGAUGAUGGAUCUCGAAUGUGGUUGGUGGUUCUGAUACAGGAUAUAAAUAUCUAUCCUACGCCUCCUCCUACAUUGCCUCCCCCACGAACCCCCUCGUUGCCUCCGACCUUGGCUUCUUCAUCCUCUCGAGGUGAAUCGCGAAGAAAUCUAUCAAAUUGA